AUGACCACGACCCUCCCACAGACCUACAUCCACUCCGCUCCCCUUGCGACCCUCGCACCCCACCUCCUCCCCCACCUCCCCAAAUCCCUCCCCCUCCUCCGCCGUCUCCAAUUCCACACCGCAUCUCCCUCCGCCCGCAUAAUCGCGACUUUUCCCCCGCCAUCAUCAUCAUCACCACCACCAACCACCACCACCAACACCGCCCCGCCAGCCUCGUUCGCCGCCAUCUGGGCCGACCGCACCCGCGCGCCCGAAACCGAAUGCUGGAUCUUUUCCACCUUCGAAACCCUCCCUCCGCCCCCGCCGACGCCCUCCCAGCGACACGAAGCCCGAGCUCAAUGCCUCGCCCUCCUGGCAGUCACAGCGCGCCUGCCGGCCACGACGCCCCUGACCAUCAUCGGGUCUCUGAACGAGAGCUUGCUGCGGCUCAUCGGCGGGGAAGAGGUGGGUCGGUUGGCGCCGCAGAAGGUGGUUUCCAGAGGCACGGAGCACGAUGAUGAUGAUGACGACGACACGGGUACGGGCGGGGGUGGCGUGAUACGCGGGGUCAGCGUGCCGUACUGCAAAUGGCUCAUCGGCCCGCCCGGAGCCGAAGGCGGCGGAGGAAGAUCGCAGGGCGUGGGUUCGUUACCGCCCGGCUACGCGUUCGACGAGCUCCGCGGCGAGGACGAGCUCAAGCUUACGAUCGCCCGGACCGAGAUCCCCAAGACGGAGGAGACGCUCGCCCAGCUCGGCUGCUGCGGGGUACGCCACACGCCCGGAUCUGCGUCUACGGCUACGGCUACGGCUACACGUACGGCGGCGGACGCGAGGGAAGGAGAGGAGGGGCAAGGACGAGGCGCGUUGGUAGCGUGGGCCUUCCUGGGCGUCGACGGCAGUCUGACGUCCCUGCACGUGGAACCGGAGCACCGGGGUCGGGGGCUCGCGAAGGCGGUCUCGCGCCGACUGUUCCGAUCCCUGGCGGACGAUGCGUCGGCGAUGGGGUUCCGGGCCGCCGACGGGGCCGGAGACGGAGUCGGGGGGUAUGGCCGCGGAGAGGGCUGGGCGCACAGCGACGUCGCGGAAGAGAAUCUCGGGAGUGCGGGCGUGGCGAGGGCGAUGGGGGGGAAGGAGGGUUGGAGGGUUAGAUGGGUCAGUGUCGAUUUGGCGGCGGUGGUGGAGGAGAGAUGGACGAAGCUGUUGGGAGAGGAAGUGGUAGUCCGAGUUGGCUGA